CCGGCCGGGCCGGGCCGCUGGGGCGCCGCGGGAGCGGGCAGGCGGCCGCUUAGCGGGGGCGCCGCUCGCCAUGGCCCGCGCCCUGCUGCUGCUGCUGGCGGCCUGCGCCUGGCUGCGCCUGUGGCCGGCGCGGUGCCAGGAGGCGCCGCAGACCCCCGACUGGCGCAUGACGCUGAAGACCAUCCGCAACGGGGUGCACAAGAUCGACGUGUACCUCAACGCGGCCCUCGACCUGCUGGGCGGCGAGGACGGCCUCUGCCAGUACAAGUGCAGCGACGGAUCCAAGCCCUUUCCUCGCUAUGGAUAUAAACCAUCACCACCAAAUGGUUGUGGAUCCCCUCUAUUUGGAGUUCAGUUUGACAUUGGUAUCCCUUCAAUGACAAAGUGCUGCAAUCACCAUGACAGAUGCUAUGACACUUGUGGCAAUAAAAAAAAUGAUUGUGAUGAGCAGUUUCAGUCCUGCCUCUCCAAAAUUUGCAGAGAUGUGCAGAAGACACUUGGAAUCUCAGAGAGUGUUCAGGCCUGCGAAUCAACUGUUGAGCUGCUGUUUGAUGCUGUUAUACAUUUAGGCUGUAAACCAUACCUGGAUAGUCAGAGAGCUGCAUGUAUGUGUCGGUAUGAGGAUAAGACAGAUCUCUGAAAGACUGAAGGCACCAAGGUCUCAUGGUGUAGUAUAAAAGUUGAAGACUCAGCUGGAAUGAAUCAAGUGUUUGGUUACAAAGCUUCAUGCUUUUCAGACAGACAUGAAACACUGAGAUGAAUAUACUGGUUUGAAAGUCACAAAGAUACUCUUCCUAAUGGAAAAAAGAAGCCACCAGUCUUCCUGCUCUUCCCCAUUGUGCCAGAAGCUUGGAUACAAAGCUAGCUUCCUUUAAUAUAUGUCCACUCAGGGUACACUAUCAUAAAUAUCACUAGUGCUUUUUUAAUAGCUUUUAAGAAAACUCCAUAAUGGGGAAAUCAGAGACACAGGAGAGUUACACUGAAUUCUCAGAUUAUUUAAAUAUAGGUCAAAUUUUAAGUUUACUGGCAGAUGCAUCUCAAAGAGCAUUUUGGGUGUGUUAAUGACCUCUUAAGUAGACUGUACUUUCAUGCUUGUGGUACAGUUGCCUUCAGUUCUCUUUGAUGUAUGCUGCCCCAUAAAAACCAACCAAAGAAAACCUGCAGUAACCCCAAGCAAACAAAGAAAAAAAACCACAAAAAAACCCAAACAGCUGAAAAAAAAUCAACAAAACAAACCCAGAAUCUCCAGCCCUUGGCAAGGGUAUACAGUGGCACUACAUAUUUCUACCUGCUUUUAUAUUAAUCUUAUUCUGCAGCACUUUUCAGACCAAGAUUGUUGAUCCAUUUAAAGCCAGAACACUAAAAUGAACAGUUUGCAACCUAAGGAUCCACUUCUGAUUGGACAGAAUGGUGGAAUGCAGUUGAUAUGCUCCUUUAAAAACAAUUAAUCAAAUGUUUAUUUUUCCAAUAAAAUGUUUGUGUGGUGUGUUAUAUGCAAAAGAAAUUAUGUAUUAUUCGAAGCAAUUGAUUUGUAUUUGUCUUGUGGCACAAGCUUGGUUGCUGUAUUCAUCUUUGCUUUCGUUUAGUCUGCUCUGAUGAAAACAAAAAGAAAGCUCCACGGUUAGGGUCGGUGUGCUCAAUGAAUCUUUGUGUUUAAAAUUCCCUCUGUGAGGCUGACAAGAUAUUUGAGCCUAUAUUUCUAUCAUCUCUUCCCAUGACCUCUGUGAGGCUGAGAAACAUCUGAGCCUGUGCUUCUGUCAUCUUGUCCUCUGACUUCUCUAGCUGCUGAAUUAUUUGGGGUUUGUUCUCCGUAAUGAUCUUUUAUUGCUUAUCUCCAGUUGUCAGUCUUUAGUUAACUUUUAUGUUAGGUCUUUGGUCAUGAAUAUUUUUAUUUGCUCUCCUGCUGCCUUGAUUCUGCCUUAAAAAAUCCACAUGAGAUGAAAACUGAAAUACUUCAUCUGUAAACAUGGAGUGGAAGCUAUGCUAAAAGCCUACCAUUUACUGGACUCAUGGACUAUAAUGUGAUUUCUUCUCCAAAGCUACUUUUAUAUGUUUUUUUCUGUGCCAUUUGUUCAGUGGCAUUUUUGUUUUAACUAAAACUUACUGUACAUGACAGUGAAUAUAAGUGCCUCAUAGAAUAAAGUUACUGCUAAAGUUC